AUGCGCUCAUCAACAACGGGAGAGGAAGUGCAGGGGACCUCGAGACAAUCGCUGCUCACGGCGUCUUCCGACCACCCAGCCCGGCCAGCCGGAGCAAAUGCCGCUGCAGGCAGAUCGAUCGCCCCCAGGGAGAAAGGGAAGAGAGCUAAGCUUGGACCUAAGAGAGUGAGCGAGAAAAAAAGGCCAAAGGUGAGAGCUCGUUUACCCAUGAUCAUUGUACCCAUGCUGGACAUCGUGGGAGAAAGACUACUUCGGACUACCGCUUCAGGACUCAGCACAGAGUACCAGCACUGGAUUGACGUUACAAAAAGUAUCAAAAAGCAAGUGAAAAUUGGCCCACCAUACUGCCUUCACAUGAGAGUUAAGUUUUACUCCUCAGAACCAAACAACCUGCACGAGGAGCUCACCAGAUACCUGUUUGUAUUACAGUUAAAGCAAGAUAUCCUCAGUGGCAAGUUAGAGUGUCCAUUUGAAACAGCGGUGGAGUUGGCUGCCUUCUCGUUACAGGCUGAGCUAGGUGAUUGUGACCCAUUAGACCAUAAUGUGGACCUGGUGACAGAAUUUCGCUUCGUCCCCAACCAGACAGAAGACGUGGAGUUAGCGAUAUUCAAUGCAUGGAAAGAGUGCAGAGGUCAGACACCAGCCCAAGCUGAAAUUAAUUACCUGAAUAAAGCCAAGUGGCUAGAAAUGUAUGGGGUGGACAUGCAUAUGGUCAAGGCAAGAGAUGGUAAUGAGUACAGUCUGGGUUUGACACCCACGGGAGUUUUGGUGUUUGAAGGACAAACCAAGAUCGGGCUCUUCUUCUGGCCCAAGAUCACUUGCCUGGAUUUCAAGAAAAGCAAACUGACGCUUGUGGUGGUGGAGGAUGACGAACAGGUGAACGGCAAAGAACAGGAGCACACUUUUGUCUUCAGGAUGGAUCACCCCAAGGCUUGUAAGCACCUCUGGAAGUGUGCUGUGGAACAUCAUGCUUUCUUUAGGCUGAGAGGGCCGGUUCAGAAGAACUCUGCGCGCCCCGGAUUCAUACGCAUGGGAUCACGCUUCAGAUACAGUGGAAAGACAGAAUAUCAGACAACCAAGGCUAAUAAAGCAAGGCGGUCAGCCUCCUUUGAGAGAAGGCCCAGUCGACGUUACUCCAGAAGAACCAUGCAGAACAGAGGACAAUACCAUCCACAAGAGGUUCUUUCAUCAGGCAAUGGAGUCAGCUCCAGCAAAGAGAACAAGUUUUCUUCAAGUAGAGGCGCCUGGUCAGCCGUACCUGUGGUCAGCCCGGUAGCUGCUUCUGCCUGUGGACCGAUGGAGAUCGAGGCUCUACCCAGAAGUCCUGGAGGAGAAAAGAGGAGUAUGCCUAUAGUUGCUGACUUGAUGGAGACGUGCAUUGAUGAUGUCCUCAGGGCUCCUGUCGUUCCCACACUGACAGCUACAGACGAGGCCGGACCAAGCAACGCCUAUGCUACCCCCAGUGUCACCGGGGAAGAUCCUCUCAGCCUCAGUGCAGCACGUCUGAAGCAGCUGGCGUUGGACAGCAGUCCUCUUCUUGCUGCUCCAAGAAAUAACAUCAAUGUCAAUAUGGCCAUGAACAAUCAGGAGGACGUGGUGAAACUCACAGAGAAGUGUGGUCUGAGCAGUACAGGCAGUAGUAGCCCAGUGGUCACUCCACUGCGCACCCCAGAGGAUCUGAAGAGUAACAUCCUGAAAGCUCAAGCUGAGGCUGCUGCCAUCAAGGGACCUUUGGAGGAACAUGUGGUCAUGGUUGGAGAUAAAAACUGUAACUUGCAGGAUGCUUCUACCAGGUUAAAGGUGCGCACAGGGCGACUGGGCAGUAACUCGUCUCUGUCCGUUAGCAGUCGUGCUGACAUCCAAGACUCCUGGGACCUGCUGAAGCCAGCGUCUCUGGUCUCAUCAGCAGAGGCCAGUGCCGAGAGGCUAACUGAAGAUUCAAACCCCUCUGUUCCCAAGAUGCCCUCUGAGUCUGCCAGCGAAGGCAUGGCAACAAAGGUUAAAGCCGAGGAAGUUGACCUGCAAAACACCGCCCAACUAUCUGACAACCUGAUAGAUUUCACAGAUCCAAUUCCUGUUCUGCCACCAGUGCAGCAGCCCAAACCUGUCAUCACACCGCGCUGGAUCAUUCCUACAACUGCUCCUCCUGGCGUCUUUACUAACGGCCUGCUCGACCUUGACCCCCCUGCUAAGGUCAGCCCUCUUCUCCCUGCCGAUGGGGUUGCAGCUCUCACCCCAGCCCUCCCCCACCUCGCUCACACGUGUAACACCGUCUCCGCCAGCACUGUGGGUCAGCAGCCAGCCUCGGACAAUGGAGCCAAACCCAGAGGUCUCCUGACCACUGAGCUCUGAUGGAGAAAUGAGGAGCAGCCAUCACAGCGUUUGUCUCCCAGACUGCUUUCCCCACCUCACCCCCUCACCCAUCCACACACAAGCAAGCUGGGCCAGGUGUGCUGAACACUGAGGGCCAAGAGGAGAGUGGAACCAGGGAACUGGCAGCUUACAAGCACCACAAACACAUUUAAACGAAGUACACAAGACAAUAAUAGGAGUAUGAUUACAGUAUCACAUGGCACAAAGACUAGUUGAAACCAUUAAAACAAACACGUAGCACCAGUAUUAACAUUUUAGGAACACCUAACUUGUGAAUCUCCUGUUUGACUUCACUGUCAGCGACCUGCCAUUUGCUCCAUCCAUCCAGUCAACCAAACCUCGGUCUUUAAUAACUACCACCAACUCCUUGUAGACGACAAGUGAUAUAAACUGUUGUUGUUCAGCUUCUUUGCUACAGGGGUCAAGUUGGGGCUGACACACUAAAAUCUCAUGAAACUGUAAGGUAUGUUGCAUAAACGCAUCCACCACUGACUUUAAAUGGUAGGUUGUCUCUUUUAGUGCUGCUUUCCCUCCCCCUUUUUUUUGAGUCAUGCUGUUGUAUCACAGGUAAUUCACACCACUGGAUCCCUGCUACUCUGAGCUUUUACUGUACACUCACUGAUCACACAGCAUGUGGAGCAUCAAGUACACUGGAUGAAGGACUGAAAAGAAAAAUCUCUUUAAAAAAAAAAAAAAAAAGAAGAAAGACGCUGACUUAAGUUGAUUCUAAGAGAUAAAAGCACCUGGACUCUUAACAUGAAACGUGACACUGUACUGUCCUUGUAGCACACUACAAACCUUUUUUUUUUUUUCUCUUAAACUCAAUCGAUACUACGUGUGAAACUCGACUGUUAGCAGCCACUGGAUAUGAAAACUUCACUGGAUUAUCUAGCAACAAUGGACCUUGAAAGUAUUUUUUGCGAUGGAUGACAAUAGAGAUGACCACCUUGGUUUUUAAACCGAUGUUUUUAUUAUCCUGCUCUUAUUUCCUUUUUUUUUUUUAAUGUUUUAAUUUGCCCUUCGCAGUACUUUUUGCAUUCACACACAUCGGUACCAGCAUCAUUAGAGGUUGAACAUCACUAAUGAAAGUUAGUUCUGUGUCUCGUCUUGGACGCUCUAUGUUCUGCUCCUCUGUGAACUCUUGGCUUCGAGUUUUAAUGUUUAGUCUAAAAUGUGACCCUUUUAGUUUGUUUUCACUUAAAACCACUGCUUCCACCUGUGGCAAGUUUUGAUUCACGUUAAUCUUAUCUUCUAAACUGGUGAUAUAAAUGCGCCAUGUGAGGUUAAAACCUUUAAUUGAACUGUGAUCCCUGGAGGUGAACGCCGUUUCUCAGUUUUUGGAUUACCUAACUGGAUGGUUCCUGGUAUUACCACGUUGUAGCUACUGCCCUGCCUUAUGGAAAUGAAUGUAUUCGAAUAGUCUCAUCUGAGAAUGCUGGAGAUGCCACAGUAUGAAAACAGAGUUUUAUGACUUAAAUUCACAAUUGCUGAUGUAGUUUAUAACUGGAGGAAAACUUGUGAAGUAUCUUAAAAGCUGAUUUUAUGUGAAAUUGAGGCCUAAUUCUAGUUAUUAAUGAAGUAUAUCAGGUUUUUUUAUUUUUAUUUCAGUACCCCAUACAUUGUAAUCACAAAGUCUGGACCCUCUUUCAAGUUAUAUCUGUGUAGUGUUUUCAUUAUCUGUCUUGAACAAGGGAAGCUGACUGUUUUAUAAUGUCUUCUUAGCAGUGACGGUUAUUUAUGCUACUACUCAUUGUAAUUGUUCAAAUAUGACAUGUUGUCCAAAAGUGUUGUAGCAUACAGUUAUAAUGUAUUGUCAGUAUAAUGGCAUCAGCUGGCUGUAGAUAUGAAGUAGAUUUAUAUAUUUUUUUUGAAAAUUAUGUUGGCAGUAUUGUCACUACAUACCGAGAAGAUUUCAGCAUCGACGUGUUUUCUAAUUACAGAAGAAGUAGGAAAACGUAUUACUGAUCAAUCUGACUGGAGAAACACUGAGAUUGUGAUGUCUCAAAUGCAAUUUUAUAUAAACUUUUAUUUUUUUUUUCUGGAAAAUCUGAUCAUGAUUCAGUAAAGCUUUGCUACAGUAGGA